AUGGCGUUCUUCGGGAAGAGUGAAGUGCCCGAGGACGUUAUCCAGACGGCACCCGAUGAAGAUAUUGAGAAAACCACUGUACCAGCCCAUGUGGAGAAACCGCCUACUGCCACUAUCGAUAUCCCAACCAUCGAUCCUGAGCUAGAGCGCCGAGUGGUGAGGAAAUUGGACUUGCGCGUUCCUACUUUGAUGGGAUUUUUCUAUCUUCUCGCAUUUCUCGAUCGAAGCAAUAUCGGCAAUGCAAAAAUCGCCGGCAUGGAAGAGGACCUAGGUCUAACGGGGAAGAGCUACGCAUGGCUCUUAACAAUCUUCUACAUCUCAUACACAGUCUUCGAAUUUCAAGCUCUAAUGUGGAAGAUCGUCAAGCCGCACCAAUGGGCAGCCUUUGUCGUGUUCUCCUGGGGUUUGAUCGCAACAUGCCAGGCAGCAGUAAAGAAUUGGCAAGGCAUGAUGGCCCUCCGGUUCCUGAUGGGCGCCUUUGAGGCCGGCUUCGGUCCCGGUGUACCAUACCUACUAUCAUUCUUCUAUCGUCGCCAUGAGCUGGGUCUGCGAUGCGGUAUGUUCUUGUCGGCGGCUCCGCUGGCUAAUACAUUCGCGGGUGCUUUGGCCUACGGGAUCACCUCGGGCCAUGCUUCACUGGCUAAUUGGCGGUUGCUAUUCUUGGUCGAGGGUGCCCCAGUCUGCGCUGCUGCUGUUUUGGCUUGGUUUUAUGUACCGGAUAGUCCGCUGGAUGCCAAGUUUCUUACCGCGGAAGAGAAGGUUGUUGCCCGUGCUCGUUCACUGCAGCAGUCUGGUCAACCAGAUCGCGAGGGCAAGGUUCAAUGGAAGGAAUUGGUUGAAACGCUUCUUGAUGUGAAAGCAUGGCUUACAGCGUUGAUGUACUUCAGCUGUAACGUCAGCUUCUCUUCCCUGCCCGUGUUCUUGCCCACUAUCCUAAGGGAGAUGGGCUUCACAGCGAUCAAUGCUCAGGGUCUCACCGCGCCUCCGUUCUUUGCAUCAUUUCUGGUGACGAUCGCGACGACUUGGGUGGCGGAUCGUCUUCAGCAACGUGGACUCACGAUCGCUGUGUUAUCACUGGUUGGCGGCGUGGGGUAUAUCCUCUGCGCUACGUGCACAUCAGUGGGCGUCCGCUAUUUUGGUGUCUUCCUAGCGGCCUGUGGGAUUUUCCCUUCGAUUGCCAAUAUCUUGCCAUGGGUUUUGAACAAUCAAGGCUCCGAUACUCGCCGCGGAGGAGGCAUCAUUCUGCUCAAUAUAGUUGGGCAAUGCGGCCCCUUCUUAGGAACAAACAUCUUCCCAGAUGAGGAGGCUCCGCGGUUUAUCAAGGGCAUGGCGAUCUGCGCAGCGUUCAUGUUCUUCACCACAAUCCUAGCUUUGUGUCUGCGUGUUCUUCUUGUGUGGGAGAACAAACGUCUUGACAAGAAGUACGGGCCUCGCAUCGAGGAAGCCUCGGCGAAAUCGGUAGAUGCUGUUGCGGAGGACAAUUACGGUGCUAAUUACCGUUACGUGUUGUGA